UAGUGGCCUUAAAAAUUCAGUUCAUAAAAUCAUAUACUACUAGGAAUAAAUCUGAUACAACUUUUUUUUUUUUGUGGGUCUUAAAAAAAAAUGGAGCUAAAUUCAGGCCAAAAAUCGCCAUUGUUGGGAAGCCCACGUAGAAAACUGAGUCAAAACGGUUUACGUCGGCGUAACUCGGUGAACUCGUUGAGAACUGACUUCAUUUCAAGGUUGCCUGAUAAACUUCGUUCUGGGGUUGAUGAUGAAUCUCCUUAUGAUGUUAAUUUCUCCAAAACACAUGAUUUAACUCAAGGAGAGAAGGAAUACUAUGAAAGACAGUUCACUACUUUGAAAUCAUUCGAGGAGGUUGACCAUGUGGUCCAAUCAGGUUCACCAGAAGAGGAUGAUGAUGAACAAGCUCAACAUGAAAGAGCAAUGAGGAUAUCAAAUUAUGCUAAUAUUGUGCUUUUGGUGUUCAAGAUUUAUGCUACCAUUAAGACUGGAUCUCUAGCAAUUGCUGCAUCAACGUUGGAUUCCUUGCUUGACCUUAUGGCUGGUGGUAUACUUUGGUUUACUCACCUUUCAAUGAAAAGCAUCAACAUCUAUAAGUAUCCAAUCGGAAAAUUAAGAGUACAGCCAGUUGGAAUCAUCAUAUUUGCUGCUAUAAUGGCUACCUUAGGAUUUCAAGUUCUCAUACAGGCUGUGGAACAACUAAUCAAAGAUGAUGUUGCUGAAAAAAUGACAUUUGACCAGUAUAUAUGGCUGUGCUUGAUUAUGAUAUCAGCCACAGUUGUGAAAUUUGUCUUAUUCCUUUACUGCAGAAGCUCCGGUAAUGAAAUUGUCCGUGCUUAUGCCAAGGAUCAUUACUUCGAUGUGGUCACAAAUGUGGUCGGAUUAGUUGCUGCAAUUCUUGGUGACAAGUUUUACUGGUGGAUAGACCCUGCUGGUGCUAUUAUUCUUGCAAUUUACACAAUUGCAAAUUGGUCAGGGACUGUUUUGGAGAAUGCAGUUUCACUAAUUGGACAAACAGCUCCACCUGAAGUCUUGCAAAAGUUUACAUACCUCGUCUUACGACACCCUCAAGUUAAACGUAUUGACACCGUUCGUGCUUACACUUUUGGCGUGCUUUACUUUGUGGAGGUUGAUAUUGAACUCCCUGAAGAUAUUCCAUUGAAAGAAGCACAUGCAAUUGGAGAGACUCUGCAAAUUAAGCUAGAGAAACUCCCUGAAGUUGAGCGAGCAUUUGUUCAUUUAGAUUUUGAAUGUGAACACAAACCAGAGCACACUAUUUUAAGCAAGCUGCCUAAUACAGAACCUUGAUUAUUGUGCUUGAAAUUUUGUUUAUAUAAAGUUUCAGACUUCCCAUUUAAUUCA